GGACUCCAGGCUCGCGCGCCUCUGCGGGACAGUGUGUUAAGCCCCCUGCGCCGGCGCCCUACCAGAGCCCGGGAUCCGAGCGUCCUCACCGGUGCGGGAAGCCGGAGAAGGAGCUGGCGUUUCUGUUUGGCUUUGUGUGGAAAAAAGAAUAUAGCCUAUAUGCACUGCUUUAACCACUGGAAGAAUGACAGAUGACAAAGAUGUGCUUCGAGAUGUCUGGUUUGGACGAAUUCCAACUUGCUUCACCCUGUAUCAGGAUGAGAUAACUGAACGGGAGGCAGAACCGUAUUAUUUGCUUUUGCCAAGAGUAAGUUAUUUGACGUUGGUAACUGACAAAGUGAAAAAGCACUUUCAGAAGGUUAUGAGACAAGAAGACAUUAGUGAGAUAUGGUUUGAAUAUGAAGGCACACCACUGAAAUGGCAUUAUCCAAUUGGUUUGCUGUUUGAUCUACUUGCAUCAAGUUCAGCUCUUCCUUGGAACAUCAUAGUGCAUUUUAAGAGUUUUCCAGAAAAGGACCUUCUGCACUGUCCAUCUAAGGAUGCAAUUGAAGCUCAUUUUAUGUCUUGUGUGAAGGAAGCUGAUGCAUUAAAGCAUAAAAGUCAAGUAAUCAAUGAAAUGCAGAAGAAAGAUCAUAAACAGCUAUGGAUGGGAUUACAAAAUGAUAGAUUUGACCAGUUUUGGGCCAUCAACCGGAAACUCAUGGAAUAUCCUGCAGAAGAAAAUGGAUUUCGUUAUAUCCCUUUUAGAAUAUAUCAGACAACAACUGAACGACCUUUCAUUCAGAAGCUUUUUCGUCCUGUGGCUGCAGAUGGACAGUUGCAUACACUAGGCGAUCUCCUCAAAGAAGUUUGUCCUUCUGCACUUGCUCCUGAAGAUGGAGAGAAAAAGAAUCAGGUGAUGAUUCAUGGAAUUGAGCCAAUGUUGGAAACACCUCUGCAGUGGCUGAGUGAACAUCUGAGCUACCCGGAUAAUUUUCUUCAUAUUAGUAUCAUCCCGCAACCGACAGACUGAAGGAUCAACUCUCUGCCUGAGCGGAAUCACCCCUAAACAGGAUUUACCAGAGCAUGUCACCCUUUUGCUUCAAUCAGGUGUGGUGGAGGCAACCUGACCAGAAACACUACUGCAAGCCAAACAGGAAGAUGAUUCCAUGUCAGAUAAGGGCACUUGGGCUGGUCUUACUCUGCAUCACCACUGCUUUCCUCCACUGCCGUCAUUAAACCUCAGCUGCGACAUGAAAGACUUCACAGGACCACUGCAAGUCUUCUGUUUUCUUGUAAAAUAUAAUGAAGCCGAAACCUUUGGCCUAAGAAGAAAAUGGAAAUAUGUGCCACUCGAUUUGUAUUUCUGAUUAACA